AUGUCAGAGCAACUGGUGGAUAUACAGAAUUUAAUGCCCACAGAGAGGAAGUCCACGUGGAGAACGGUGGAGGAGAGACGGAUGUCGGACCUCACCCGUGUGCUGGAGUGGCUGGAGAGGAGGAAGGGGAAGAAGAAACAAGCUAUCCAAGGCUCAAGGAAAAGCUCCCAGAGGGAAGGACAGAUCCGUGGAGUGCAGCAGAAGGGGACUCGCUUCAGCUUAAUCUCGUCCGCCUACGCCAGAGAUAGCCACAGGAAAUCUGAGUUAGACAUCAAAGAUGCAAUCGCCCUAGAGUCCAUCAUGCAGCGGCCAGCCUCGCACCGUCGACAAAGCAGUGGCUUAGAUCCCGCGGUACAGGAAAAUAUCUUUGGCCGGAGGCCGACCUUCCUAAGAGAGUGGACCAGCAAGACAAGUGACCCCAGUUACGAACGCAAGCUGAAGAACCUCAUGGAGAAAGGCAUGGAGCCCAAGGUGGAGACGGCGAAAAUGCUUAAGCCAGAGGAGGUGCUGAGCUGCCGAUACCUCAGGCUGUCCAAGAAUAACAUCCGGACCCUGCUGAAGCUGUGCAGGGACGCAGGGAUGGUCGUGGACAUCCACCCCCACAUGAUUGAAAGGGAGAUCGACUCCAGGAAGGUGUUCGGUGACCUGCACAAUGUGGCCCUCUGA